AUGUCGAGCCUUGGGCCUUCCGGGUCCAACGCUCAUGCCGGCCUGAACUUCUCUCAGGCCGGCCUACGUCGCAACCCUGGAUUCGCACCCUCGCACGCGAACCAGCACCAGCCGAACAAGCAGUCUCCCGCGCCUCACGCCGCCUCGCCCUACCAGACCCAGGCGUACACGCCGCAGCAGCCGCCGCAGGGUGCCUACCCGGGGCACCUCUUCCAGCAGACUGUCAACACCAAUGUUCCCAAUGGCCACCCGGCGUCGCGGGCGCCGCAGAGCCACGUUCCCAAUGCCCUCAAUGUCCAGCGACAGAGAGCAGCCCCUCAGCGGCAGCAGAUGCAGCCCCAGCCAAACCCGCCGCCCAUGGUCUUCCCCAGUGGCAUCAGUCAGUCUGUCCCGCAUGACCCCAUCCUUUCGCACCAGCAGCACCAGCAGCCUCAUCCCUCUCACCAGCCGCAUCUGGGGCACCCGAGCCAUCAGCAGCACCACCAGCAGCACCCGCAACAGCAGCCGCACCACCAACAACAUCAGCAACACCAGGCACACCAGGCACAUCAGGCGCACCAGGCUGCGCAGCACCAAGCCCAUCAACAAGCGCACCAAGCGCACCAGGGCCACAUGGGGCAUCAGGGACAUCAAAGCCACCAGGGGCACCCAGGUCACCCUGGACGUCAGUCACACCAGGGCCACCCGAUCCCCCAGCAGCAGCAUACACCUCAGCAACAGCAACAGCAGCAGUUGCCGCCACAGCCUCCGCCGCAGCAACAGCAGCAGCAACAGCAGCAACAGCAGCAACAACAACAGCAGCAGCAGCAGCAACAGCAACAGCAACAGCAACAGCAGCAGCAGCAACAGCAGCAGCAGACCCCACAGCAGCAGCCGCAGCAGAUGCCGCAGCCUCCCGCGCAGCCGCAGCAGCAGCCUCAGGUGCCGCAAGUACCUCAGGUGCCUCAGGUGCAACAGAUGCAGCAGGUGCAGCAAGCACAGCAGGUGCAACCCUCGCCGCAGCAGCCGCCAGCCCAGAUUCCUCAACAGCAGGACGACCACGCCGUUGAUGAAAUGGACACGGAGGGUCAGAAUGAUGCAAACGACGACGCGAGCACGCUCGAAGCGAAGCUCCUCAACGAUCCAUCCUACGUCCCGUCCCAGCCAAUGGGCGAGUUGAUGUCGCCUCCGCCGGAAGGUGGGAGCUACCCGACUUUGGAGGCAGUGCAGAAGGCCGUGUUGCGGUAUUGCACGUCGGUAGGCUAUGCUAUCGUCAUUGGCCGAUCCAAGAAGACAGUGCCAGGCCUGAAAAAAGUUCUCUUUGUCUGCGACCGAGCAGGCAAACCGCCCAGCCGUGUCAGCCCCGAGUUCCGUAAACGCAAAACAUCGUCCAGGAAGUGCGAUUGCCCGUUUGGCUUCUUCGCCAUUGAGCAACGCACCCAGUGGACUAUUCGCUACCGACCGGACCCGGCGCACUUGAAGCACAACCAUGGCCCGAGUGAGGGCCCCUCGAACCACCCUGCCGCUCGCAAGCUAGAUAGCAAGAUGGUGGCGGCGGUCAAGCAGCUCAAGGAUAACGGUGCCGGCGUCUCCGAAACGUUGCAAAUCCUUCAAAACGAGAAUCCAGACUGCCACCUGCUCCCGAGGGACAUAUACAACGCCCGUGCCGCCAUCAACCGAAAUCCGGCAAAGGUGGCCACAGGCAUAGCUGAGAACCGACCGGCCAUCUAUACGAAGCCCCAGCAGUCGCCUGAGGACCGUAUACGAGCCGAUCUCCGACGAGAGCUCGCAAAGGCCCGCGAGGACAUGAAGAAGAUGGAAGACGACAAGCAGAAAGAGAUUGAUGAGCUCAAGGCCAAGCUGGAAGAGAAGGAGAAGCUCAUCCGGAAGUUUGAAACCUUUAUCGACAUUUGCAACGAACGAGUCAUGAUUCAGCGUGAGAGGCUGUCGGAAAACACGUCGGCCGGCGGGAACCCGGGCAGAUGA